AUGGUUGGCCUAGGGCCGAGUGAUCAAGGACGUGAUUCCUUUGAUGUGUGUAUGGUGGCACGUGAAAUUACACCGAGUGCGGUCGGCCGUGAGAGCACCGCACCGAAUGUCGGUAAUGACAUUUUUGGCCAUAUGCCAUUUAGUGUGGGCGGCCGUGAGGGCACCACGCUUAACGCCGGUAAUGGCGUUGUUGGCGAUUCGCCAUAUGGUGUGGGCGGCCGUGAGGGCACCACACCUAAUGUCAGUAAUGACAUUGUUGUCGAUACGCCGUAUAGAGUGGACGGCCGUGAGGGCACCACGCUUAACGCCGGUAAUGGCGUUGUUGGCGAUACGCCGUAUAGUGUGGGCGGCCGUAAGGGCACCACACCUAAUGUCAGUAAUGACACUGUUGGCGAUACGCCGUAUAGUGUGGACGGCCGUGAGGGCACCACACCUAAUGUCGGUCAAGACAAAAGCUCUCGUGUGGAGCGUGCUAUGGUUGGUAGUAACCAUGGGGACAAUAUUGUCCCGACCCCUAAGGGGAGUAAGGUCUCGAAGAGACAAUCGAGACGCCGAGUAGCAGCUGUAAAGCGCCAGGCGUCCUCACAGUCACAUAGUGAGAUUAGCAAUACACUAUAUACACUUGUUAAUGGAGUGACUGGUCAGGUUAAUGGCAACGUGAGCCUCGAAACCCUUCCAUCUGUGGACGCUCUGUGUGAGCUAGACGAAAUGUCUGAUGGCGAGUUUAGCCAGGCCUUAAAGGCAGGAGAGUUAUCCGAGUUAGCAAUCAUUAGACCUAAUACUGACUUAAAUUCUUCCUCGUUAAUGGAUGAGUCUGUCCUAGAGGAUACAAAGGCGGCACUUAGUGCACGAAGUGGAUCUUCGAUCCUUAAAGAUCCUUUGGAUCCGUUCUAUCCUUUAGUCAAGGAAUUUCAAGAUGUGGUGUGUCACAACCCACCUUCUGCCUUACCUCCAGAUAGAGGUGUACGUCAUGAGAUUGAAUCAGUUCCUGGAACUAAAUACUGUGUAACACGGCAGUGGCCUUUGCCUAAAGAACAGUGCGACGUCAUUGACGAUUUCUUUCGUGCUAAGCACGCGGCUGAAAUGGUUUGUUAG